GCUACCCUCGUUCACGCAACGGUUAACGUUGCUCGAUGCAUAUCUGGACGUCAUUUUUUCGAGAGCAUCAUUGUCGCAGUGACCAAUGCACUUAAAGCAUGGAACGGGUCUAAUGAUGGCGAGGUUUCAUCUCAACGAUGUGAGACGUUAGCUCAACUUGCAGCCUCGCUGGGCGUCAUCUUCGAUGAGCCUCAGUUGAAGGAUGGGUUAACGCAUUUUAUUUUGGUAUUGGAUGGGAUGGACAAGCAAAGGGACCCUCCACCAACGCUGAUGCCAGCGUUGGCGAGAUUAUGCGAAACUAUUCCGUGCCUCACAUGUGUUUUUAUCGUUACAACUCCGCCGGCUGGGUUUCUUCGAGCCUGUCCAACUUCAUAUCUUUACUUUCCGCCGUACACCAAGUCUGAGUUAAUCCAGAUCCUGUCACUGGAACCUCCGCCCUCUAUCUCCAGGGAAACUUCAACGGAAAAGGAAAUACAUGAAGCGACUACAGAUUCAGAACUAGCAAAUCUGUGGACCAGGUUUUGCGCUGCAGUUCAUGAUUCCCUCGCUCAAUCUGCCGGGCGAUCGCUACCUUCUUUCAAGAACAGCUGCUACACGCUUUGGCCCCGUUUUGUAGCGCCCAUUAUUGCCGGCACCUACUCACCACAACAAUUUUCAAAACUUCUCAUUGCGGCGAGACCCUUUUUCCAAGAUGAGGCAUUUCUAAACCCCAAGAUUGUCUCGCCUCAAACUACAGGAUCUGAAAUGAGCUUUGAUAAAAGCCGGCAACCUGCAACUAGAGGCUUUACUUUUACAGCAUCAGUAUCAACUACUCUAAUUUCACAGCCUCUAACAGGAUUAACUGGCUUAUUACCGACUACUGCUAGAGUUCUCUUGCUCUCAGCGUAUCUUGCUUCCCAUAAUGCUGUCCGGCACGACAUAAGCCUAUUCUCUACUUCUUACAACGGCCGCAAGCGACGACGUCCCGGUAACAACACUAAUCGAGCAAAUAAUCGAAAUAAACAGCGUAAAAUCUCCCGCAAAUUACUUGGAGCGCAUGCAUUUGUUUUAGAACGCCUGUUGGCAAUUUUUGAGGCAGUAAGAACAGAAUGGAUUGACUCAACACCCAUCAUAUCAGGCCCAGAUGGCGACAUUGGUAUGGCUCUGGCCACCUUAGCCAGCUUGAGGCUUCUUAUACGAAUUGGGACAGGAGAUAUUAUGGAUAGAUCCGGUAAGUGGAGGAUUAAUGUCGGAUGGGAAGUCAUGCGCGGCAUAGGGAGAGGUAUUGGGGUAAAUAUUGAGGAGUGGCUCGUGGAGUAA